CUGUGUAGUUGCAGUGUUCUGCACAGUGUGAUCGGGACUGCCAUAGAUUAUCAGUAAUUGUUAGAUCAGAUCAAAAGAGUGGGGCUAGGAUUUGGAUUGGUGUUGACUGAGUGUAUCUGGAUAAAACAGGAGCACAGGUUACUGUAACUGCUCUGCUUUUUAAAAAAGAGGAUCUUUGACAGGACACUUUACACUGCAAGGCACCCAGGAACACAACUUGGUUGGCUUCUAACUGAUACAGCAAGAUGCAGGGACGUCCUGCAGACUGGGAAUCAGACCCCUGGAUCCCCCUAUCCUAGGGGAGCCCCCCCAGCAGAGAGGGAGGAAGGGAGAGAGAGAUAGGAUCUCCACUGCGUCUGUCAUGCCAACCCUCCUUAGUAACCUGACUGGGAGGUCUGGGUUGCUGGUCGACCCCACAGGGGACCCCAACCUCACAGCAGCAGUCCAGACUGGGGUCCCCCUGGCCCCAAUCUGCACGUUGUGCUGCUGUGGCCUGCUAAACCGCACUCUGGCAGUGGUCUUCAUGGUCAGCCUGGCGAUCGCUAUCAUCCUUGGCAACGUUAUCACGCUCACAGUCUUCCUACAGACCCGGCAGUUCCGCACACCGCAAGGAUACCUCAAAAUGUCUCUGGCGCUGGCAGACAUGAUGGUUGGCAUGCUGGUGGCACCCUUCUCCAUCUACACAGAGAUCUUGCUGAUGGUGACCAGCUCUCCGCCGGCGUGGUACCAGGGGAGUGAGGGGGUCUCCUCAGGGGGCCUCCUGGGUCCCUGGCAGCCCUGCAAGCUGAUUGGGCCUGUGUUUGCUGGUUGCACCUUCGUGUCCAUCAGCACCAUCUUUCUGAUGACUGUGGAGCGCAGCGUGGCCAUCCUCAAGCCGCUGCACAAGGACACUAUGGUGACACGCCACCGCACCCUGCUCCUCAUCACCCUCUCCUGGACGGCCAGCUUCCUGCUGGCCAUGGCCCCUCUGAUCCUCAGUGACGCCUUCACCCUGGAGUACAACGAGUGCAGCCGCAUGUGCAACUACACCCCCUUGUGGAAAGACAGGCUGCCACCUCCAAAUGGGAAUAUCAUGCUGCUCUUCCCAGUGUUUGACUUCACCUUGCUGGGGGGGACCCUGGUGGUCAACAUCCUCUCAUUCUCCAGCAUCAGACGGUACUCCCGCAAGCGCAAGUUGCUUGCGGAAGGGGGUUCAGGGGGGGGCAUUCACAACUGGUGCACGCACAGACCCUCGUUCUCGGACAUCAAAGCGGCCAAGACAAUUGGCAUCCUGACAUUUGCUUUCACGGCCUCCUUCACCCCCAUCGCCACUUUUGUGUUGGGCAAUGUGGUGGGAUACCAGUGGUGCAACUUCUCCUUCUUCGCCUUCUGGAUCCUGACCUCAAGCAGCUGCUGCAACGUCAUCAUCUACAGCGUGCGGGACCAGCGAUUCCGCAAAGGCGUGACACUGCUCUUCCGCAGAGGCCCUGCACCCCCCCCAGGGGAGAAGAGUUGAAAUUCCCAGUGUACUAAACAAGCGCAAUACUGUUAGCGACUUUAGGGAAUGCUUUAUGGCAGCAGUUUUUCUUUGCAGUUCAGCCUUAGAUGAAAAUAUAAUUAUGGGCAUUCCUGCAUAAAUUUGCAAAAAUGGGGUGUAGAUGAGGGUUCUAAAAUAUUAUAUUAUUACAAUUGCAUGAUGUUAAAAACUCUUGAAAGCAUGUUUUAAACAGUCAUAAUUAGCAAACCUUUAGAAGGCAGUAUGAAAAACACUCUUCCCUAACCAUUUGACUUUGACUGCAGCAAGGAUACAUUGUCUUCAGCAAGAACGAGUGAUCUGUAGGAUGUGAAGAGAAAGGGUAUUUCGUACCCGCAUUAUCCUCUUCAAUUUAAAUGAAGACCAGAUUAAGCACAGGUACAGGCUCGGCAGCCACAUAACUCUUGAGCUGCUGUCUGAUUUAAAAGAUGACCUGGAGCCUGUCACCCAGAGAAGCCAUGCUAUCCCUGCAGUGGUCAAACUAUUGUCCACCCUGCAUUAUCUUGCCUCUGAGUCCUUUCAGGGGACUGUGGCAGCUCUUGCUGGCAUUUCCCAGUCCGCUUUUUCUCGUGCGUUGCCAGUUGUGCCGAAUACAUUUUUUAUGCAAACACCCAAAUACCUAUUUUUCCCUAAAAGAAGGGUGUAUUUACAAGCCUUGAAAAACAAUUUCUGUGACAUUUCUGGUUUCCCCAACGUGUUGAGAGCAAUAGACUGCACACAUCUGUCGCUAACCCCUCCAGCUCAUUCUGAACAUCUGUAUAGGAAUAGGAACACACCUAUUCUAUUAAUGUGCAGGUGGUUUGUAAUUGUGCACAAUUUAGCAAUGCACCACUGACUAACAGUAUACAUUUGGCUUAUAGGCUUAUAGGCUACACAUGAUAAUUAGUGGUAUAAUGCAAAAUUUGUUGCUGGUCCCUUGAAAUUCGUAUUAAUAAGAACUGACUGUCCUUCUGCAAGUAUCAUAACUUGUCAAUGCGGCACCAUGAUCUAUUGUGUGUUAUAAGCUACUAAGUAAGUUAGAAAUAAUAAUAAUAAUAAUAAAAAAAUGCUGAAAUUAUUUCGUUUCAAUUUAAAGUAAUCUUUUAUUUGCAUUGUACACCAGUGUGUAGGCUACAAUGCAGAAGCAUGAUUUAUUUUGUGUUACCGGUAGCCUACGGGCUAAAGUAAAAAGAAAGUGCGCCUGGUAUUCAUUUGAUUUUACUACUGUACUGUAUACUGUAUAGGCCUACUGUACAGAUUUAUAUUUUUACAUAAUGUAAUGUGUAGCCUACCCAAAAUACAUUAGAGUUAUUUCAGCACAAUUAUUUAUACAUUUAAAAUACAUUGAGCACUAUAAAUGCAUGUGUGUGUGAUUUUAUUGUAUUUUUUUAAAACCUGACACCUCCUUAUGUUGGACAAACAUGUCCGGUUUAGCGAGGGACUAGUGAAUGAUUAUGAAAAGCUUUUUGGGGGUGAAGGUGGGGGCCCCACUAUAGAAUCUGAUGGGAUUAAACUGCCUUUAAUUAUUUAAAAAUGACUCUUGCAAUGCUAGAGAUCUCACUAAGAGAACGCCACAAAUAUUUAAAUUAGUAUAUUGCAGCUCUCUUCAUUAACAUAUUUUUCUCUUAGUACAUAUAACAAAAUGUAUACCUUGUGAACUGCGCAACGAAAAUGCUAAUUACUGGCCCAUCUUAGUACAUCUACCCCUCAGUUUGUUAAAAAGAGUUUCAGUUCAAAGGUAGCCCACAGUUAAUUAAUAAUUUUGUAUUAUUUUUAAGCUAAUCUUUAAUAAAUGAGUUUUUAAUUUAAAAAGCUGACCUUGGCAGCAUUAUCAAUUACCCCUUCAUGGAACAGUCUUUCUUGUCUGCUGUUUAAAAAAAAAUUACAAGUCUUAGAUUUAAUUCGUUAAAAAAUGUUGUACCCCACAUAUUAAUUACAUGGAUUUAUAUUUUCGAAACUACCAGCUAAAAGGGUAAUUGAAUUAGACCUUCAAUGUGUUUCACUGUCUGUGAAUCUGCUGGAACUGUAAAUACUGUAUAAUUUCAUGUUAUAUUAUUGACUGACA